AAAUUUGCCAUUUUUGACACCAAUUAGCCGGACCGAUAGUAGAAAGUUUGGUGGGCAUAUUGCCCAACCGUCAAAUUAAAGACUCAACAAACCCUACAACUACUAUAAAAUAUCAACAUCCCCUCCUUUACUACCCCACAUCCAAAACUACAUUUCCUAGCUCAUAGGUUCCUCUGUUACUUCAAACCCAAAUCAAUGGCACCGAAUGACGACGUAAAGGUUCUAGGUGCACCGCCUAGCCCGUUCGUGAACCGGGUUCAAAUCGCCCUUAACUUGAAGUCCAUCAACUACGAGUUUCUUGAGCAAAAAGUUGGGUUCAAAAGCGAGUUGCUACUGAAAUCGAACCCGGUUCACAAGAAAGUCCCGGUUAUGAUUCAUGGAGGAAAACCCAUUUGCGAGUCUCUUAUUAUUGUGCAGUAUAUCGACGAGGUAUGGACUGAUGGCCCGAGUAUUCUCCCUUUGGAUCCGUAUGACCGGGCCAUGGCCCGAUUCUGGGCUGCUUAUGUUGAUGACAAGUUGUGGCCGACAUUGAAGGGGAUCAGGAUCGCAGAGGGAGAGGAGGCAAAAGCAGCAGCACUAGAGCAAGUUAUGGAAGCGAUGAUGCUGUUGGAGGAUGCAUACGCCAAAUGUGGAAAGGGAAAGGACUUCUUCGGCGGUGACACCAUUGGGUACCUUGAUAUAGCCCUCGGAAGCUUCUUGAGGUGGCUGAGAGCAACCGAGAAGAUGGGCGAUGUAAAGGUGCUCGAUGAAACCAAGACCCCUAGGCUGUUCGGAUGGGCCAAGAGGUUUUCUUCAAAUGCUGCUGUGAAGGAUGUCCUCCCGGAAGUAGAGAAGCUUGUGGAGAUUGCCAAGUUUUUUGCUGCCAAAGCUAAAGCUCAGUAGUUUUCCAAUCCAGCUGUCCCAAGUCAAAUAAAUCGGGCUGCUUAGAUUGCCCAGGUUGUUGUUGUUGUCGUUGUUGUUUUUGUUCUCGGUUUGCAAUUUAGUAAUUGUUUUUUCCUUCUGGGUUUUGUAAUUCAAAGAAUUGUUCUGGUUGUAGUGUUUUUGAGAGUUGCUUUCCAUUUUGAGAACCUCCCGUAAAUAAAGUUUAUGGAGGCCAAUCUCGGCAGUCCAAAAA